GGCGGCGGGACGCGGAUGGCGGCGGGGACCGGCGCGGCGGCCGGUGGUCGCAGCUUCUCCUUCAAGGUGGUGCUUCUCGGGGAGGGCUGCGUGGGGAAAACCUCCCUGGUGCUGCGCUACUGCGAGAACAAGUUCAACGACAAGCACAUCACCACGCUGCAGGCAUCCUUUCUUACGAAGAAGCUGAAUAUUGGUGGGAAAAGAGUAAACCUUGCAAUAUGGGAUACAGCUGGACAAGAAAGAUUUCACGCACUGGGGCCGAUCUACUACAGAGACUCUAAUGGUGCUAUCCUAGUGUACGAUAUAACAGACGAGGACUCUUUUCAGAAGGUAAAAAACUGGGUUAAGGAAUUAAGAAAAAUGCUGGGCAAUGAAAUCUGUUUAUGUAUAGUAGGUAACAAAAUAGACUUGGAAAAAGAGAGACAUGUUUCAGUGCAAGAAGCAGAAACGUAUGCUGAAUCUGUCGGAGCAAAACAUUAUCAUACAUCAGCUAAGCAGAAUAAAGGAAUUGAAGAACUGUUUCUUGACCUCUGUAAAAGAAUGAUAGAAACUGCUCAAGUGGAUGAAAGAGCAAGAGGCAAUGGAUCCAGUCAGUCAGGAACAGCGAGGCGAGGUGUACAGAUCAUUGAUGAUGAACCACAAGUACAGAGCAGUGGAGGGUGCUGUUCUUCUGGAUAGUGACAAAACUGUGCAUCACUGCCCUCUCAAUAUGAAGACUGCCAUAUUCCAAGUCACGCGUUCUUUACCAAUGGAGUAAUAGAGUUAACAGUAUUUAAAAGUAAUCACAUUUAACACUGCAGAGACCUUAAGUGCUAAACUAGUGGCGUCUGUGACCAGAGAAUUGGCAUUUUCUACAGUGGUUAACAAAGCAAUUACCAAUGGCCUUUUUACAUAUUUUUCUUUAAUGAGGAAUAAUAUGCAUGUAGAAAAGACCUACUUAAAGGCUUCAUUUAUAUUCUUUUAAAUCAGAUCAUUAUUUAAUAACUUAUAUACGUUGUUGUUGGAAUGGUAUACAUUUUUGCAGCUCUUUGUAUUUUGUGCUAGAUUGAAUUGUAUCACUUCUAAAAUGCACAUUGAUUUUUUUUUUUUUUUUUUUUUUUUUUAAUUAGCAGAUAAAUGAAGUAAUAUUUUUGCAGGGCCUCCACAAACCUGUAACUGUCAACUACUUUGAUAUAUUCUGUUCAUCCUGUAUGCCAAGCUGGUAAAAUACAUUGUAAAUUACCUAUUAAAUAUUUUAUCUGCUUUUACAAGUGCAGGUGCAGAAACAUGUACAUCAGUCUUGUCAGUGAUUGUGAAGUGAAUAAGUCAGUGAAAAGAUGCAAGCUUUUCAUGUGUACUGUUGAACUGUUGAUUCUAUUUCCCCUUCCUGAAAAUUGAAAACAGCUUUUUUUUUUUUUUUUUUUUUUUUUAUUAGCUAAUAGUUACGGUAUUUUUUUUUUUUUUUAAGCUUUUUUUUUUUCUGGCAAGCAGCAGUAUUUAGAGUACCCCAUUAGUAGGAAGGGAAUGCUUCAUUAGCCUGCUGUUAAACGUUGAGGCAUUUGACUUCCAGCUGAAACAGUUGGAGUGUGCAUUUAUUUUGCCUCUCAGAAUAUCAUUAGAAAACUGGAGCAAAUUUAGCCCUUGUCGAUCUGGUAGCCACCUAAACCAGUUGCAUGGGGAAACUCUUAAUCUGCAUUAAUACAUUUAUGCACCAAGACAGCAUUAUUAAAAAAAAAAAAAAAAAAAAAAAUGAGCAUAAGUUUUUCUUGUGUUUCAAGGCUUGUGUGGGGAAAAAUGAAUUGGCAUUAAUUAGAACUGCUUCUGACUUGGAAUCAUUAUGUGGAAGGUAAGAAACUUGCCAGACACAAUUGUGAAUUUGGGAAUACUAGACAAAACUGAACUUACUCUUGACUUGCUCUUUUACUUGUAAUGCUUUUUGAAGCCCACUUAAAGCUCUGGGAGGAGGGAUUUCAGAAAUAGUGUAUAAAUUACCAUCACAGAAUGAUCACAAAUGGCGGUAGUUAAAACUUCAAAGUGUUUUGUGCUCUGGAUUUUUUACUUAAGUUGUCUUGCUUGGAAAAACAGUAAAGGUGAUGUCUAUGACAAAAUAGAGUAUUUCUUGGCCUUCCUUUUUCUGAAGGGUAGUAUUAGUAUUGCAUAUAAAUGCACUGAAUGGUGUGAGUAUGUUACAGUGCACAACAGGAGUAGUACUUACUAAUCAGUCUGACAUGUAAGAAAUGCCUUCAUCUGGUAUCUAUUUUCUCUGAAAUAAUAGAUGGCUUUGCUACAGACUGGUCCUGAUGCUUUUAUUUCCUUUCUGCUUAAACUGGUUUAUAAACUCUCUCUGAAGUUAACAUUGGUGUGCUCUGCCCAUCAUGCAUACAACUAUGUUAAAAAAAAAAAAAGGGUGUUUUCCUCACUAGUGAAGACAAUGCUACAUGACUGCACAGAGCCUUGCUCUGAUUCUAAAAUUCAUGACUGUGUCAAUAUAGCAACACUUAAGUAAACACUCCAAUAUUACACCCAACUUAAGUGAGGCUUGCCAAAAAUUAAAAACAGGUCAGUUUUUUAAAAAUUGCCUCCAAAUACAUUCACUAUAUAAGUCAGUCAUGUAGGUGAUACAAUAUUAGGAGAAGUGAAGUUGAGCCCCUGUGUUCAAGAUAGGAAUCAGUAUUAGGCUUGGUAAGUUCUCCAGAGCUAUCUGCUUCCUUAGCUGUUCCAGAACGUGUCUUCCCAUCAGAGCAGAGCAUUCUCUGCUUUGUGGAUAGCUGCAGCAACGUGAACUUGGGUAAACACUGCAUGAAUUUGACCACAGUGAAGCAGUCUGCAGACAUGCGUUAAUGAGCUGCAUGCAAAAAAAAAAAAGUAUUCUGUAAUAGGGAUGUUGUGUGACUUCUGUUAAAUACAAAACUAACAAAGUCAUGUUGAUGCCAACUCUUAAUUCACUUGCGAAACUAAAACAAUUAACUACUGAAAACUUGGGAGAGGGUAAGAAAGCUGGGUUUUUGUACUUAAAAAUAAACAAAAUAUUUGGCUGCUAUUAACAAAAUGUUACUUUAAAAGGAGUUCUCAGAAGUUAGUGCUCGUAAGGCCAAUGAAACUAGGUGACAAAGCCUGACUGGGAGCUUUGCUGUUUAAGCUGCAGCUUGACUGGACUUGAGUUGGAGAUCGAGUCUGUUCAGCAAGAUAUCAUGUCUGAUAAUAUGAGCAUGAACCUGAGUAUAAUUCUUAAAAAUCCUACUUCUGACACAUGUAUUACAACACAUUUAACAACCUAAUGUCUCAGGCAAAUGUUAUAAAACGCUACAAAGACUGUAGUACAGAUCAUUAUGGCAGUUGUUUAUAGACCCUCCUAUACUAAGAUUGAUACUUCCUUGAAGGGAAGGAAAGGAUGGCCUUCAGUCAGUCACUUUUCUUAGCAGUAACAGUUUAAUUGCAUGAAUAGUAAAACAACAGUCACCUGAAAGCCUGUUUCCUUAAUAUUAUCUAUUGACCUAGGGUGUUAUCUGGAAUACUUGUUUCUUAAAGUUUGAAAACACUUGAUUGGACUGUGCAUCUAAAAGGCUGGGAUGGUAGAAUUUGAGAGUAAAUGUUCAAGUUGAGCAUGAAUUUAUGGAAGCUAGCUUCCUAGAUGAGUGAACAAAUGAUUGAUUGAGACUGGUUUAUGUGAGACUUGAGCUGUUCGUUCUUGCCAGGCAAAGUACAACUGUUACGGAAAAAUCACUUUUACAGACAAUAUCUGGACUUUACUUGGUUUAAAUAUGUGAGAAAGCACAAAUAGCACUUGAUUUUUCUGUACUUGAGCCGAGUGUUACUUGAGUAAUGUAGUACUAAUACUUGUGUAUUGAGUUUUUAAAAAUCUUGCCUUUGAAGUUUAUCAAGAUUGACUAGUUUGUAUGUCUGUAUAUAUACAUAUAUGAGAAGGGUUCAAGAGAGCAAGUUGACAAAGUACAUCUAGUAAUGAAUAGGUAAUACCAGACUCCUAGCAUGUAAGUCUGGUUGCAAAGAGUGUUUGCAACCUUGAACGCACCUACUCAGUGUAAACUUUGAUAAGGAUAGCAUGUGGGACUACUUUCAUUGUAGUAUGUGAGUACAAACGCUUUACUAAAGCAGUUUUAAUUAGCUGCUCACAGUUUUGCUGUUACUAUGAAUACUUGAGAUACUUAUGAAAUUUUAUUACUUGCUGAAAUAUCUAAGAAAGUCCAAAAACUUAAAUGCAGUCAUAAUUAUCUCUGUUAAGAGUUGUUUUUGGAUGCAGUGUUAUUGGAUUACAGUUAUGAACUAUAAGCUAUAGGUCAGAAGUUGUGACCAGGUAGGCAAGGAAACUCUAUUCAACUAUUUCUAGAUGUUUAGAACUUGGAACUGAAUGUAACUAGCUCUGAAGACUUGGGAGUGGUUACUGGCUUUCAGUGGAUCUGCAUAGAAUUUCAAGGUCUAAUGAUGAAUUGCAUUGAGUAGUCUCUUGAGACAGGUAAGUAACUGAGUAUUACCUUGACUUAACACACAGUUCUCUGAUAAUACAUGUUAUGGACAGGCAUAUUUUUGAUGUGGUAGUAAACAGAAAUCCCUAAGCCUUUCUAUCCUGAUACUUUUAUUUGUUCUAAGUACUUAAUUUAAGCUCUUGAAACCUACAAAAUUUCAUUUCUGCACUAGAUUCAAAGCAAAAUGAAAGAAAGAGAAGUCUUGCAAAGUGUUAAGUAGUCAUAGAAGAUGGCUGGAGCCUCAGAAAAUGUUGGUAUCAGUUUACAGAAGGUAAGAGGAGUGGAAGGCCUGCUUGAAAAUAAAUGAAAAUCUCCAGAAGCUGAAAGCAGAUAAGUGGGAUGAAUGGUGAAGUAGGGGAACAAGAAAAGUGGAGCAGGCAGCCUCCAUUUUCUUUUUUUUUUUUUUUGUGUGUGUGUGUGUGGAGGGAAAAGGAGAAGUAUGAAAAACUGAAGGUGCCUGUGUUAAAUUAACCAGUUCUUGGUGGGGCUGCUAGAGUGCCUUUCCAGCAAUGCUAAUCGCUUAAUCCAGAGCUCUUCUGAGGUGACUGACUUUGUAGGUGGAUUUUUUCCUUCUGUGAAAUACCAGUUUUUUGCCUUGUUAAAGAGCUGAGUUCAACUAACUUUGAAUGGGUUUUCAGGCAUAGUGCUAACCUAUUUAAAUCUUGACCAAAAUAUACUCCUUUUAAAGGAAAUAUUCAGUUAUGGUUUUGUUAAUCCUCACAUCAAAGGAUGGGAUUUCUUUCCUGACUUGUCAGAAUGCAUCAUUCAAUGAAGACAAUCACUGUUGUAUCAAGAGCUAACAGUAAAGACUAAGAUCUUUGGCACCAGUUGUUGUACAAGCUUAACAGAGGGGAGAUUUUUGCUUUGUUUAGGAUCAACCUGUUCUAUCUCAGUGUUGUAGCCAUGUACUGAAUUUAGGCUUUUUCUUUGAGAUAUAUUCUUUAAUUCCUGUGUUCUCAGUGCUCACAUCAGCCAAUGAGACAAUUCUGAGAACCCUGGAGAAUCUGGAAUGUUUCUUCUACUGAGCUGGCUUUAAGAGACAGAAUGGAACAGUCACCAUUACUACAAAGACAGGUGGGAAAUAUUUUUGGCUUAGAAAAAAAGAUACUGUAAUCUGUUUAAAAAUCUCAAUUUGUUUUAGACUAUUUCAACAAAUUUAUUUCAAGCUGAGGUAUUUUGAUUAGUUUCUGUGAGACUUCCUAGCUUACUAAAGUUGGCCAAAGCUGUCCAUUGAUUGGCAUGUUCCACAGCCCUGAAAUGUCUGACUGCAGGGAGUAGCUGGGCACUCUCCUAUGUUGGACAGCUUGGAAGUUUGAUUAUUUAAUCAAUAAGAGGAUGCUGAAAGGUAAAUGAGGAAAAAUAGCUUCUACUUUCCUCUGCUGUGUGCCUCCAGAUGUGCAGCAUGGCCUGAUGCAGCUACAGAGUGGUCAGUAAGGGGAUUAUGUUUCUUCCUGCUGUUGGCUAGUUUUCCUCAUUAAGAAACAAAUACCACAGGAAACCUUCCUUGCCUGAGAUCCCCCUGUAUAGGAAAAGAGACACAUCAUACCCUUUGCUUGCUUGCUUUACCAGCUCUUUCAUAGCACUGAUACCCAAUUCUUCCCAGUCUAGGAAUGUGGGUUUUUUGUUUUGUUGUUUUGUUUUGUUUUGUUUUUUGAGAACAGUUUCUUAAGAGGAACUUUUUUCAUUUAUUGACAUUUGUUUUUGAUUCUAAUCUUGCUGAAAGUAUCACAACAAAGAAUGAUGAAUAUUACUAUUGCGAUGAUCUUUCCCAGUCUGCUGUAGCAAUUGUUUGUAUCCUGCCUCCCAACCAGUAAGGGGCAGAUACUGAACUCACAGUCCCUGUUAUAGCUGGUAACUGAAUUCAGACUCUAGGAUACUGACUUAGAAGAAAUCUAAGUAGAGAGGAUUGAAGAGAUUAAUAACUACUUUUUCAUCUAUUGCUGAAUGUCUGAUGGACUGUCAUAAAUCUAAAUUCACAUCUUUUUUGAGCAGUUGAAACUGUUAAACUGAACUGUACACCCUUCAAGUUAACCAUGCUCCAUUCUGAAAGGUCAACAGACUUGGGAUUCAAGGUGUAGGAAAAAUGUUUUUUUCCUUUUCAGACAGGAAACUACACAAAAGCCUGAUUAGGCAGUUUCUUAAUGGAAAAAGAAGAGGAAAGCACUUAAAAAUACUUGAGUGCCAUCAGUACUAUUUCACUGUACAGGCAUUUUACUGAUUGACUGGAUUUUUCUCAUCUGAUAAGCUCAUUGAGUUUACCUGGCUUGAUCAAAUAGAAUUACUUAUUCUGAACCCAAGGAAAACUGUAGUAAGGCAGGAGCCAACACUGAAAAGGACACAGCAGUUUUAACAUCAAGUAACAUGACAUUGUCAAGUGUUGUACUAAUACUUUAUUUGGAAUUUGUAGUUACGAGACUUCUUUGAAAAGAUAUUAAGAAAUACUGUACCAGUUGUGAUUCUUAAUUUUCCCAAUGCGCUGCUGCAGCUGAAGUUCCCAAAUAGUUGUCAGAGUGCAUUUAAAGGGAGAUAGUUAUGUGAUAAAUUAAUACCAAGAGUCAAAUAAGAACAUAAGAACUUUUUAGGCAUUGAUAAAACACUCAUGCCAAGUAGGAAAAGUCAAAAUCCAUAUUAGCUGGAAUGGAUCAAUAGAAGACAAAUGUGUACUGAAAACUGUUAUAAGAAAACAGCUGGGAAAUAUGAAAAACCACAAAGCUAAAACCUUCUUACUGUCAUAUCUGAAAAUUAUUCUUACAUAUAAUAAAUUACAUAAUUUGAAACUUGAACAAUCUGAAAUAAAGGACCCCUUGAAAUUACUGGGCGUGGGUGAGGAGUGGCCUGAUUUUAAAAAGACUUGGUAAAGAUUGAGGUUAUGUUUUUCUUCAUAUUACAAGUUUUGGAACCUAUCUGAGCAUGAUCUGCUGAAAGAUGACUUGAAGGUGCAAAAUCAGGUUCAGAAAGGUUACUUUAAAUUAUGCCAUCAUACACCCUGGAGAACAUAGAAUGAGUGGGGACCCAUGAAAAUGCAGCUUUGGUUCUGCAGACCUGUCUGGCAGCCUGCAAGAACUGAGAAGGGAGAAGCAGCUGCUGUUGAACCACACUUGCCAGUUCUAUGAACGUGGAACCAAGGCUCAAGACUGGGAGUUUACCAGCAGUGUUGUGUUCAUAUAAUACUGAUGUCCCCUCUCUCUAAUGGAUGUUUGGUCUCACUUCUCUAGUGAAAGUUACUGUUCAGCUGAUGCGAAGGAUUUGAACUGGACGGAUAUUGUGAAUGAAAAUAGCAAGCAAAAGGAAAGGAGGGUUUGCACAGUUGCUGCCUUAGUGGUUCUUAACUUCUUUAUUUGCACUUUUCAUAAGUCAAUACUUAGAUCCUACUAUCUUUAUGUCAGGGUGUAUUUUCUACUUGAGAUGCUUAUUGAUCAAAGAAGUAAAAUCUUAAGAGCUUCUAGGAGUAAAUGUAGUUCUCCCAUUGAUUUAUUCUGUCCAUGCACUGUCAGCGCCUUACUAAAGGGGCUAUAUUAAAUAGUGACAAGUGGAUGGGCUGCUUCUCAUAAUGCCCUGUAGUGGGAGUCCUGUGGUAAACCCUUCAAAAAGCAAGGAGCCAGUGCACCUCUCAUGGCCAGCCUGCUCUCAUGAGGGAUGCAUGCCAUUGCUUUGUGACAUUGCUUAGAGUAACUACAAAACAAUCCUUCAUCGUAAAAUGUGCCCACAGACCUCAGAAAUGUUGAAAUUAAAAAUGACAUUAGAUGAUACUUUGCCUGGUGCAUUGCAAUAACCCUGACCGUCCUUUUAGUAUGUGAGUGCUGCAGUGCUUGGCACUGUGAGACACUCAUGCAUUUUUGGGACUCAGGAAUUUCAGCUUGUGUUGAAAACAGUGAUCUCCAGAGUGGGUUAGAAUGGCAAAUUAGAAAAGGAAGGAAGUGCUGUGUUAAUAACAGGCCCAUCCCUAGCACCGCAUUCUGAACAGUUAAGAUGAAAUGCCCUCACUCUAAAACCAUUGUUUAGUUAGUUUACUUCUGUUUCUGGGAGAUAUUGCUCUUUGAUUGUGUUGUAAUACAUGCCUAGAAGUGGAUUACUACUACUUGUUUUUGUCUUCUGGAUUCCUAGCUUUGGCAAUACUUGUUCGUGCCAACCAGCAAACAACAGAUCAGUUUCUGUUUAGUCAUCACGCUCGGAUACUUUCCAGCUACUCUCUGGAGACUGAUGCAAUCACAAAUCUCUCCUUGUAUGGCAAAUACAGAGCAUUUCAUGUUGGUAUCUGUUCUGCUUGUUUUAUAUUUAAAAGGUAAAUUUUCUUGUCCCACAGAGCAAACGAAAUCACUGUAAGAUUGCCACUGGUUAUAACAACUGCAAUGUUUUCUUAUUCUAAGUCCUGUAUGUUUUGGGUUGUAUCAUAUUCUGGAAUUCUGUUCGUAUUUGAUAAGCCUAGAUGAAAAAAAAAAAUCAGGUUCUCACACAAAUUCACAGCUAUGGUUAUGUACAGGCAAAACAUGACAUGCUACAAUUGCUUGAAUAAAGCUCCUCAUCUGG